AUUAUAGCACAGCUAUUCUUGCACACCGGCACAGAACUUGGCUCCUAGGUGUUACCACAUGUGUUGUUGAACUUAAUGCACUCUAAAGUAAGUUUUAACAAAUUUUAUUAACAAUGAAUAAUGUCACAGACUCAGAUUUCAGUCAGUUUAAACAGUUUUAUUCUAAUUUUCUAAAAACUAUAAACGAUGGUGAUUUAAAUACAUUCAAAAAAUUCACUUGUGAUGAGGGAAGAAUUAAGUAUGUAUUUGGCUUUUCAUUCGUGCAUGAUUAUAAAAUCUCAAUGGGAACAAAUUUUAAAUCUGGUGAAUCUGCAAAACAGUUAAAAGAAGAUGGAAAUAGAGCUUUUCAAGCAGAUCAGUUUAGAGUCGCUCUGGAAUUAUAUUCUAGGGCCAUCAUCAAGCAACCACAACAAAGUUCAAGUGAUAAAGAAGAACUCUCAGUCUUGUUUGCCAAUCGCUCUGCUGCACUUUACCACUUGAAAGAAUAUGAAGCAGCUCUUCAAGAUAUUCAAUCUGCUUUCGAUUUCAACUAUCCAUCACACUUAUAUUACAAAGUAUAUGACAGGAAAUCAAGAUGUUUUUUGGCCUUACAACAGUUAAAGUCUGCAAGAGGGGCUUUUCGACAAUCACUCCAAGCACUAGAUGAAGCUAAACUGCCAGCAGAGAAACGCCAAAAGUGGCAACGAGAUAUCCAAAUUAUGUUAUCAAUGUUGGAUAAAAACAAGGAGCUUAAGGAUGCUAGCAUGAAGAAACCAUCAACAGACAAAGGGCAGUUCAAAGAUGGCGCCAACAAGCAGUACCCACAUGCAAGCAAUGUGGUGACCAUAAAAGAAGCUUCUCAGCUGGGCAGAUUUGCGGAAGCCGGAAAUGAUAUAAAACCAGGAGAGUUACUGUUGAGAGAAACCCCUUAUUGUGCUGUGUUACUUGAUCAGUAUUCGAAGAGUCACUGUUUCCAAUGCUUUCGCAGACCAGCAGCGGUAUACCCAUGUCCUCAGUGCAGCAAUGUUGUCUUCUGCAACAAGACAUGUCUGUCGACAGCACUGGAGAGUCAUCACCGCUAUGAGUGCCCUGUGCUCUCAGCACUCUGGCAAUCUGGUGCUUCGGUCACAUGCCUCAUGGCACUCCGAAUCAUCACACAGCACAACUUGGAGCACUUCCUGCAGCUCAAGCCUGUCCUCACUAAUUCCUGUAAAAAUAAACAGUACAAAAGUAGUGACUACACAACGGUGUACAAUCUCGUCAACCACGCUUCCCAACGUUCCACCGAGGACUUCUUGCACCGAACUCUCAUGGCUGUUUUCUUGUUGCGAUGUCUGCAAACCACCGGUUAUUUCCAACAUCAAAAUGAAAACGUAAUAAAGACAAAUGAAAAGACACUGACAGAUGAUGAGAAGUUCAUUGGUGGUUUGAUAUUACGUCAUCUGCAGUCACUCCAGUUCAACUCACACGAGGUGUCCGAGCUGGUGAUCAAAGGAAAGGAUAAGAAAUCUGUGUUCAUUGGUGGAGCGGUCUACCCCACACUUGCUCUCUUUAACCACUCCUGCAACCCUGGAAUUGUCAGAUAUCACAAAGGAACUGAAGUGGUCGUAAGAGCUAUUCGUCCAAUCAAAACUGGUGAAGUGGUUGCUGAAAACUAUGGCCCGAUUUUCACCCAAGUGGAGCGGAAAGAGAGGCAGCAAACUCUCAGGUCACAAUACUGGUUCGACUGCAAGUGUGAGGCCUGUGAUGAAAACUGGCCGAUUCUUGCAAACAUGAAUCCUGAGGUGAUGAGGUUCCGGUGCGACUGUGGCAGUACCGUCUUGGUUCCAACAAACACCAGCGAGUUUAUGAUUCCUUGCCUUAGUUGUAAAAAGCAUGCCAACAUCUUCAAAGGCCUCAAAGUGUUACAGGAUACUGACACAAUGUUCCGAUUGGCCAAGAGUCUUGUGGAGGAAGGCAAUCACAUGAAGGCUCUCCUUAAGUUCCUGGAGUUGCUGAACCUGUUGGACGACACUUUAGUGCCACCCUUCCGAGACUACCACCUCUGUCAGCAAGAGAUCCGAACCUGUAUGAUGUUCUGUGGCAACACCUACAUGGUUCCAAAGCUCUAAUAAAUGUUCUGAUCACACAUA